AUGGCCUCUUCCGCUAGAUAUCAUCUCCUCCAGCAAGGCGAGUCGUCCGAAACUUCUCCGGCAUAUCAACCUCCUGCCGAACAGGAAAUAAUCAUGGGCAAGAAACUCGGCCUUUUCAGAGCCUGCUACGUCGUCGCGCUAUGUUCAAUCGGUUCCUUCUUGUUCGCGUAUGACACUGGCAUUGUCGGAGGGGUCUUGACCCUGAAAAGCUUUCAGAAUGACUUCCGCUAUACUAAAGCCGAGAAGACCCAAGUCAAUUCGAAUUGCGUCUCCAUUCUUCAAGCCGGUGCCUUCUUUGGUUGCUUCUUCAUAUGGCCUCUAACCGCCUGGCUGGGCCGUCGAUGGGGCUUUAUCAUUGCCUCGGCUGUCUUCUGCGUUGGCGCCAUUAUGCAAGUCGUCAAUACUCAUUCAAUCGGCGUCUUCUAUGCUGGUCGCGUCAUCUCCGGUCUAGGAACCGGUGCAGCGACCGUCCUCGUUCCCAUGUUUUCGGCAGAAAUGGCUCCCAAGGAAAUCCGAGGCAAACUGGGCUCUUGCUUCCAACUCUUCUUCGCCACCGGAGUCUGUGUCAGUUACUGGGUCGACUACGCGGCUGAAGCAGGCAUCUCAAGCGACUCAUCAACUCAAUGGCAAGUCCCAGUGGGGCUCCAACUGGUCCCAGGUGCUCUGCUUGGACUGGGCAUGCUUCUGGUUAAGGAAUCUGUUCGGUGGCUUGCCAGAAAGGGUCGCAACGAAGAAGCCUACGCAUCUCUUCUCUGGGUCCGAGGCGGUGUCGACAGCCCCGAGAUCCGGGCCGAGUUCUCAGAAAUCCUCUCGGGCGUGGAACUGGAACUCCGCGAAUCUGAAGGGCUGACGUGGAAAGAACUCCUCCUCCCAUCUAACAGACUCAGAAUGAUCAUCGCCAUCACUAUUCAACUUUGUCAACAAUUGACCGGUAACACCUCCCUCGCCUACUAUGCCCCUCAAAUUUUUGCCACCAUCGGUGCUGGAAACAAGACGCUCUUCAUUACUGGCUUCUUUGGAAUUGUGAAGAUCGUAGGUGUGUUGGUCUUCCAGAUCUUCGUCGUCGAACGCAUCGGCCGCAAGAUCCCAUUCAUGGGAGGUGCCUUCGCCAUGGGCAGUUUCAUGCUCAUCAUUGCAUUGAUCGUGGCCACGCAUCCACCGAAACCGUCCGCUACGGGAAUCACUUCAUUCGGAGCUGCGGGUAUUGCCAUGGUCUAUCUUGAAGCUUUCUCCUUCAAUAUGUCUUGGGGUCCUCUUCCAUGGUUGUACAUUGGAGAAAUAUUCCCCAACCGUAUUCGUGAGAUCGGUGUUGCCACCGGCGCAGCCAGUCAAUGGUUGUUUAAUUUUGUCAUGAGCCAGAUCACCCCUCAUGCCAUUGACAAUAUCGGAUGGAGGACAUUCCUCAUGUUCGCCAUCUUCAACUAUGCCAUUAUUUUCUACAGCUAUUUCGUGCUGAGGGAGACCAAGGGCAAGAGUUUGGAAGAGAUGGAAGUCGUCUUUGGCACUGUCGAAAGACUGCCUACCAAAGAUGAUGACGAAGUCGAGUCCCAGGCUGCUCAGGACCGCCCCAAUGAAAUUCAUGAGACUGUCAAAUAA